GUCGUGCCCCUACCAAUCCCUAGAUACGCCACUAUUAAGCAUAUGAAUUUCGCUAACAAGCCUAAGUUGAAAUGCCGAGGUUGAGGAUAUGGGACAUUGAGUACUCAAAUUCGAAUUUUGCUCUAUGUAAAUUAUGAGUGAGCUGAAUAAUUUGUUGGGUUAAUUAUUUAUGAUUUUGGCUCUUUUGCAUUACUUUUGUGUUGAGUAUUGUAAAAUACAUAUUUAAUCAUCAUUCACAGGUUUAAAUUUCAUAUUUAAUAAAUGGUUCUAUAUAGUGGUAAUUAAUGUAUUACAUUUUAAUAGAUAAAAAAGGGUCAAAGUUUACCGGGAGUCCCUAAGUACCAUGUAAAGUUCAUUUUAAUCUCUCUACUAAAAAUAAUUUUAGAUUAAUUUUUGUACAUUAAAAAUUUAUUCAAAUCAUGACAUUGUCACACUUUGCCAUUAAAUUACUGAUAAUAUGAACAAAAUAUAUCAUACUAAACUGAUUUACCAAUGAAUCGACCCAACCCAUAAAAAAACUCAACCAUCGUCUAAAAAUUCUAUUUAUUUUGAACUAUCGUGUGCUGAAACAGAUCCGGUAAGUUUGUAUUUUUUUUCCAGCCACACACAAUAGUUUAAAAAUACAUGAACUUUUUGGGAUGGUUGAGUUUUUUAUGAGUAAGAUCAUAGGUAAAUCAGUUGGAUAUGAUAUAUUUUAUCCUAAUUAUUUAUGAUUUAACGAUAAUUUUUUAAUAUACGAAAAUUAAUUUAAAUUAAUUUUAAAUAAAAAUACUAAAAUUCAAAUUUACAUAUUCCUAUACUUUCACUAUAAAAAAAAAUGUAAUUUAAGGGACCCUAACCCUAUAUUCAAUCAAUCAAUUUUUCUAUGAACUAGCAAAAUGGUGACCUACAUACGCAAAACAAAAUAGUGACUUGGCAAAGUAAUUACUCCUAGAUUUAUAUACCAAAUAAAGUGAUGAAAAAUCUUUGUUAUUAAACACAAAUUUAAAUAUUUUGGGAAGUUUCCUUAUACCCCCAUUUUCUAAUUGGUAAGUACACUUUCUAUUGCCAUGCAUUAUAGUAGCUGCGUGCAUAUGUCAAUUUUUCUAUUACCAUUAAAAAUUCAAGCUGUAAAGUGCAUAAAAAUAAUAUAUUAAUUCAGAAAAUUUUGCUAAAAAUAAAUAAAGAGAAAUUCAGAAAAAGCCCAUCAAUUUUCAGAACAAUAGCUUAAAAAAGGGGAAUCUAAUAAAGCUUUAGGUUAUAUUAGUUCACCUAACACAAAUAAAAGUUCAAGAUUUAGCAUUAGGAAAUCCAGACAACCAUUUAUUAGGUUAAUUAAUAGAAAAGAAACUACAGGAUCCAAUUUUUUUUUUAAAAGAUAGAUAUCAACGAGGUUAAACUUAAAAUUAUUUAUAAUUUCAUAUUUAAAUUGAGAUCACCACUUAAUAUCAUAUAGUAUUAGGUGAAAUUUUCAUAGUAAUAAUAAAAUUAUCUAAAAUAAUAAGAAUUAAGUAAGAUAGUAAGAAUUUUUCCUACCUUAAAUAGUGGUCAAGAGUUCAAUUUUACCUUAAAUAUGAAAUAUAACUUUGAAACUCAUUACUAACAUUUAUCUCUUAAUAAAUUUACAAAAUACGAAAACCUAAACACUAAACUCACUUGGAUGGAUACUUUGAAAAAAAUCAUCUAACCCCUAAAUAAUAUUAUCUGGUUUCUUAUCUUUUACUUUGAACUUAUCGCAUUAUAAUUACCCUACACGUAUUGGCAGGCUAUUUAUAUUUUCUAGGCGUUAAGUUCAACUAUAUUAUAUUUCUUUAUAUUAAAAAUUAUAUUCACCAUCUAAAUCCAUUAUUAUUAUUUUUAAUAUUGUAUAAAUACUUAUACAUACAUGAAUAAAUACUUGAAAUAUUUUUUACACAUGCAUGUAUCCAAUAUUUACACCGGAAUUUAGGUAAUAAAGUGUUGGAAGAACUUAGGACUAUAAAUAAGUGUCUCUGGUAGUCUCUAUAGAUAAGAGAGGAAAUUGGUUCAGAAAAGAAAAAUGGCCACCAUUGAUGUUCCUGAGCAGGUUUCAGUUCUUGCAGAUGCAGAAGCUCUUAGAAAGGCUUGUAAAGGAUGGGGGACAGAUGAGAAGGCAAUAAUUUCAGUGUUGGGUCACAGAAAUGCAGUUCAAAGGAAGCAAAUCAGGCUUGCUUAUGAAGAUCUUUACCAGGAAGAUCUCAUCAAGCGUCUUGAAUCAGAGCUUUCUGGUGAUUUCGAGAAAGCAGUGUAUCGUUGGAUAUUGGAUCCAGCAGAUCGAGAUGCUGUGUUAGCUAAUGUUGCCAUAAAGAAAUUAAGCCCUGAUCACCAUGUGAUCGUUGAAAUUUCAUGCACCAGAUCCCCUGAAGAGCUCUUGGCUGUGAGGAGAGCUUAUCAGGCUCGAUACAAGCAUUCCCUGGAAGAAGAUGUGGCUGCUCAUACCAAGGGAGACACUCGAAAGCUCUUGGUUUCCUUAGUGAGCGCAUUUAGAUACGAUGGGGAAGAAAUAAAUACCAGGGUAGCAAAUUCUGAAGCCAAAAUUCUCCAUGAAGCUGUCAAAGACAAGGAAUUCAACCAUGAAGAAAUUAUCAGGAUCUUGAGUACAAGAAGCAAGAUGCAACUCAUGGCGACUUUCAAUCGUUACAGAGAUGAUCAUGGCACUACCAUUACCAAGAACUUGGAAGGUGAUUCAGGUGACGAAUUCCUCAAGACAUUGCGUGCGACGAUUCGAUGCCUCAAUGACCCGAAAAAGUACUUCGAAAAGGUUUUGCGCAAUUCGAUCCGGAGGGUCGGAACCGAUGAGGAUGCACUUACCAGAGUGAUUGUUACAAGAGCUGAAAAGGACCUGAAAGAUAUCAAAGAGCUUUAUUACAAGAGAAACAGUGUGUCUCUUGAUCAAGCUGUUGCUAAGGACACCUCAGGGGAUUACAAGGCAUUGCUUCUUACUCUGUUGGGAAAAGAAGAUUGAACAUCUUUAUGUGGCCCAUUUUCAGGUUUUAAAUUAAGUGUUGUUCUGGUUUGUGAUUGGACCUUAUUGAUAUGAGUCACUGUUAUCUUCAUCCUUUUGUUUUUAUGUGGUGUGACAUUGUUUGUUUACAUUUGGUUUGGUUUUAAUGGAGUUGUUAUUUUCCAAA